CUGUUGCAACAUCUGCCUCUAUAUAAUCUUUGAGUUUAUGUACCGACAUAUUAUUAAAAGCCGCCACCAUCGAACACUUGUGUCUUCAACUCAGCUUCGGUAGAACUGCAUUGUAGCAUUCUUGGCUGCACCCGAUGAUAUCCAUCCUCGAUUGAAUGAGUGGAGCAAGAACGCAUCCGGGUUCUUUGAACGUACUUGACUUGAUACGUACUUUGAACUGGAACAGUCCUUGGGCUGAGACUGACGUUCCACAAGAGCACAAUUUGUGACGAUUAGUCUCAGCAGUCAACACAUUUGCUCUGAGGACUGUAGCCGUUAGCUUACCCUGCGAGCAACUCCACAAGGAUCACAAACGUUCGGGUACCGACUGAGAUGCCAGGGGCUGGUCCAUGGGUGUGAGCCGACUGGAUGUAUUCUACCGAAGGCUUCUCCUCAACAAACUCUUCAUUGGGGGAUGGGGGAAGCCUGAAGACCUCAAGAGAAUCUUUGAGUUUCGUAAGAUAAUUGGAGACAGAGAGAAGUGCAAGUCUCUGGUGCCUAAGGACUAUCCAGUUUACAUAAAUAAGACAGAGGAGUUUGCUGACUGUCAGAUCCAAGAGGGCUUCUUCAUCUCCCCUCUGGAGCAUUUGGUUCCUGGAAUCCUGCCACCAGAGUCCAUCAAAGCCAGGUUCCAGUUUAUAGUUCCUAAGAGGUGGCAGAAGAACAGACCAGUAUGCAUCCACUUAGCUGGGACUGGAGACCAUUUUUUCUGGCGUCGGCGGACCCUAAUGGCUAGGCCCAUGAUCAAAGAGGCAGGAAUGGCUUCAUUACUCCUGGAGAACCCCUAUUAUGGCUAUCGUAAACCCAAAGACCAACUGCGGUCCAGUCUGAAAAAUGUGUCAGACCUUUUUGUGAUGGGAGGGGCUUUGAUCCUGGAAUCAACAGUACUGCUACGCUGGCUGGAGAGAGAAGGAUUCUGGCCUCUAGGAAUGACUGGCAUCUCCAUGGGAGGAUAUAUGGCGUCCCUGGCAGUGACUAAUUGGCCAAAACCCAUUCCUCUAAUUCCCUGUUUGUCCUGGUCCACUGCCUCUAGUGUGUUCACCACGGGUGUGCUGAGUAAAGCAGUGAACUGGACAGAGCUGGAGAAGCAGUAUGGAAUUAAUUCAGUGUAUGAAGAGGAGAUCAUCAACCUGUUAGAGUACUGUGGGGCUGACUCAUUUAAGAUGGGAGAGAAUGUGGAAGAGCAUUUGCGUGACCUGUCUCAAGAUCACAGACUGUCAGUGAAGCAUGGCUCCAAAUCCAGUGGUGGUAGUGAAGAGGAUGGGGCUGGAGACAGAGAGGACCAUUUACUCUCACAGGGGAACAGUGUUCGAACGCGCUUUGAAACUCUACCAAAAAACCUUAAUGCACAUAACACACUACAUGGUAAAAAGAUGGAUUCAGCCAAAUGUUGUCGGCCGUCUUUACACAGAGAAUCUAUAAGUUUCAUGAAGGGAGUGAUGGACGAAUGUACACACAUGGCCAACUUCUCUGUUCCUGUAGAUACCAGUCUCAUUAUUGUUGUCCAGGCCAAAGAGGAUGCCUACGUGCCCCGAACAGGGGUCCUCAGUCUGCAGGAGAUCUGGCCAGGAUGUGAAGUCAGAUAUCUGAAUGGAGGACACAUCAGUGCAUACCUGUUUAAACAGAAUAUUUUCAGACAGGCCAUAUAUGAUGCAUUUAAUAGAUUCUGCCUGAAGUAUCCCAAUCUGCACUAGCCACUGGAGGCUGAAGCCCUCUCCUCACUGUAAGAACAUCAGACCAGACAUAAGGAUGCCUUCAAGGCUCAGCUUGAAGUAUGGCAGUUAAGAUAUUUUCUUCUGAGACAGGACAUCUGAGAUUUACAGGCUAUCCAUAGAGAAGGUGGAGCUGAGUGCAGUUACUAUAACUCUUCAUGUUUUCUAUUUGUACAAGGGUGUGCGCUCUGGUACCCUGCAACAAACCACACUAUGUGUGACUGAAACUGAAAUAGUAUGUAAAAUGUUGUUUGUUGGCUGUGAAAGAAACAUUUUGACCUCUAGUUUCAGUUUAAUAACUGGUGACAAUGAUUAAUAACACUGUGUGUCAUCCAGUUUUUAUUGGUCCCACAUCACAAGCCUGGAUGUGCUCUGCAGUAUUCCCGUUUUCUUUCUUAUCUGAAACAACUGUGGAAAUUACACACAAACACACCUGAGUCAUUCCAUAUAAAACCAGUCAAAUCGGAUUUCCUCUGGCUGUUCAAAAUUAACUACAUUUAGCAUAUUUAAUAGAGCCAUGCAAAAUCUUACCUUCAUACUAUGAAAGCAGUUGAAUUGAAUUACAGGUGCUUGAAGUACUUAGGAGUUAUUGGAAAUUUGGUACUUUUUAAGUUGCCUUAUUUUUUUUUCCAGCAACUUUGAUCCUUCAUGCUUAAAUAUAGGGAUAAUCACAUGAAAUGAUCAGAGCUGAAGACUCAAAUUAUGGGACAAAAACACUGAUUGUGAGGGAUCAAGUGGCAGGCAGUUGCUGAUUUUCUAUGGAAUGACGCUGUAAUAUACUGAUUUAAAGGAGCUUAAGUAAAUGAUAAAUCACAACAAAGAUGGAGUAUAAACUAAAUACUGAUGGAAAUACUAAAAGCAAUUACAAAAGCAAAAUUAAAUCAAUGUCGUUCCACCCUGUUGUGUGUGUCUACUGUGUACAGCAUAAAGUUAGAUUAUAAUUGAUGGCUGGUUGUUUGGCUGCAGUUUAAACAGUUACAUUUCUGGUAUCAACUCAAAAGUAGCUGAAAUUUUAAACCACCGUAGUAACCACAGGCCUGAGAUCUUACAGACUGUGACUCUAAAUAAGCAAUCUAAAGAACAUACAGGAGACAUAUUUUCUUAUUUAUAAGCAGUAUUCAUUAAUUAUUGUAGGAUACUUUGAGGCAGCAGAAAGAUAUCUGACAUCACCUUAUACAACAGCUUUGGUUGGUAGAUCUGUUUCUGCUAAAACCUGAAGAAGUAUGUGGCUCCUAAGCUGCUAAAUAUUUCACUUCAUUUGUCUUCUGUAGUUUGACCUCGUCAGAAGCAUUUCUCUGAAAACUGCUGGAAAUAACCUUAAGAGCAGUUUAAAAAGUGAUUUUUACCACAUGCUUUACUCACUGUUAAGGUUAAAUAAUAUUGUUUAGUUGGAUGAUAGCUGAUUUCGGAAAAAGUUAUGUUAAACUGUGGUGAGGUUUGUAAUAUCUGUAACAAUGAUGGCGAUUUCAAAUUUUUCUUAAUUCUGUGUGACCACAUGAUCCACCGGUGAGUGAAGAAAGAAUAGAACAUGGGCUAUAUGCUGCAUUAAAGAAAAUAUUACUUAAAAUACUUCAAUUUAUUAUUCUGUUUAUGUAAACAGCUCAGUAAUAACUUCAAGAAAAACACAACUCAUCUAAAUGAUUGUUUACGUUCUGCUUUUCAAAAAAAAAAUCAUUUAAAGUCUUUUUUUUUUUUCUUUUAUCUUUUUAUCCUAAAGUCUCGCAGUUGCACCUCACACUUGUGUUUCCAGAAUUAUGAUUUAGAGAGGUUGACUGGACACUAAUAAACUGUGAGACCUCUUUUCAGAUAAUUUCAGCACAUUUCUUCUUCUCUUAGGUGCUCCCGUUAGAGGUCACCACAACAUUUAUUUGUGUAUUCUGCAACUUGCUCCAUGUCCUCUCUUACCACAUCCAUAAAAUCAAUUUCCUGUUUUUCCUGGCAGCCCCAUUUUCAGCAUCUUUCCUUCAACACAUCUUGUGUCUCUCCUGCUGGUGCAGUCCUGGAACAACCUGCUGGUGGUGUUUCCUGAUGCUACUUAGUCUAAUAUUUGCCAAAAAAAAUAGUUUGUCUGUAGACCUUUUUUCACAACAGACACACAGCAGGAAAAGCAACCGUGCUACUAAGCUCAGUUACUUUUUGUAAUCCAUAUUAAUGAGCAGUGUUCACAGCAGCAGGAUCCUAUAAUUGGCAGUUUUAAGUGGAAUGUGGAUGUUAAUGUUUGAGUUCACCUGUAAAAUCUGAUGUAAGUUGGCAGAGUAAUCUUACAGGGGAAGUGGAGAAUGGUUGUUUUGCUUCAUGGUUCUGUUCAUGAUUUAACCACAUGGAAAUGAUAGUAUGUGCACUAUGAUAGAAAUGACCAAUGCCAAGAAGACAAACGGGUGGUGGUAAAGAAUUUUAGCGCCACCUCAGCUCAUGCAAAUCUGAGCACACAAACACAUCAUCAUUCAUUUGCACUUGCUAAUUCAGCACACAGUGCAUAUUUUAGGAGACCCACAUUAAAAUACAGUGAUGUCACUCCAUCAUGAGUUUAACUUUGAGGAGGACCAGUGCCUUUAGUGAAAAACAGUUAUUGUAACUGUAAUUAUGAAUUAUGUGCAGAUGUUCUUGAUUAUAGUCGCUGAGCAGUGCAGGCAGUGUUUGAAUGGCCACACCUCCUCUUCAGGCACAAAUACAGUUCCGGUCAGAUUUUCUUUUCUUUGAGUUUUUUUUUUUUUUUUU